AUGAAACUCCUCAUCGUUUUCUGUGCCGUCAUUGCGACUGCUCUCGCUACCUACGGAAGUGGAUAUUCUUAUGACGGUCCCGUAAUCAUCCGUCAUCCGUAUCCAGGAAGCGAGUUAGUUUUGUAAAAAAGAGCUGACCACACUAAGUUUUUUCAGCUUUGUCAUCGACGAUUUCGACAUCCCAAGACAUCACCGUCGCCAUCACAGAGGUCGCUGGGAUCGCUCCGAUUCCCGCUCGGGAUCCAGCAGUGGAAGUUACGAAGACGAUUUCUUCUUCUUCCCGCGUCCAAACCCGCAGCCGUACGGAAACGCUGCUCAAGAUCCUUCAUCCAAUUACGGAGCAGCUGCCGAUGACACUCCAGCCUCUGGCUACGGACCUUCUCAGGAUGCACCAGCGUCUGGAUAUUGA